AUGAAGGCUAAUAAUAUUCUCCCAGAAGCACCUAAUGGUAUUUACCCGAGACGUUUCAACAAUGAGAUACCUAAUUAUAUACCACAAAAAAAUAUUAAAGAGCCUUUCCUUUCAACUCAUACCGAUAAUCGUAAAUCCACCUACAAUGAGGCACCUAACAAUUACCCCAAUUCUGAGUCGCAAGCCCGCCCAAAUCCAAAUAAUAUUGAGCGUAAACCAUCAUAUCCGUCAAAAAAAUUAAAUACUGAGCUUUUAUCCAAAGAAUAUGAAAAUCAGAAAAAAAAUACAUCAAAAAUAUCUGAAGAACCAACUCAAAAGCAGUCCCCAAAACUUAAUUACCCAAGCAUUUCACAAGAGCCAACUCAAAAGCAGCCCCCAAAAAUUAAUAACCCAAGCAUUUCACAAGAGCAGCCCCCAAAAAUUAAUAACCCAAGCAUUUCACAAGAGCAAGCUCAAAAGCAGCCCCCAAAAUUUGAACUACCAAGCAUUUCACAAGAACCAGCUCAAAAGCAGCCCCCAAAAAUUGAUAGGCCAAACAUAUCCGAAGACAUUCCGUAUGAUUGUGUAGUAAAUGUUGGAUUAGUGAAUGAUAUCACAGAUAAAGAGGGAAAAGGCUGGCCUAUUAUAUUCUCUAAUUCAUUUUAUGAAACCUUAGAAGCUGAAUAUAAAAAUCCUUCUCUAGAAGAAAAUAAGGGGCCCCGUAAUAGCAGCUCGAGCCUUAAUGCAGAAGAUAAUUUCAAUUCAUACUGGUCUGGAGCAGUCGUUGCUAUAGUCGGUCUUUACGAUAAGGGUAAAACAUUUGUCCUUAACAAAUUAACUGAAAGCACCCUUCCAUCAAGCAAAAAAGUCCACACGGAAGGACUCUCAUUCAAACACGUGACUAUGGAUGGCUCCACAAAUAUAAUACUACUUGACACUGCAGGCUCUUUUUCUCCUGUAAAAAUUGAAAACGAGAACUCGAUCACCUUAAAAGAGCAAGCAGAAAGCUUUAUUUUAGAUACCGUUUUCGAGCUUUCUGAUUAUUUUAUUUGCGUUGUCAAUGAUUUCACUUUUCUUGAUCAAAGAUUUCUUGAUAAAAUCACUAUUUCUCUUCAAAAUACCCCAAAAAACAGGUUUAAAGAAGUCAUUGUAAUCCAUAAUUUUAAAGAUGUAACAGAGCAAGAAGAAAUUGAUGAUCUAUGAAAAUGGCAAGUAACACAGCUUUAUCCAGGGCACGGCAAUGCUUCUCAGAUUACAAGAGUUACAACAAAUUCUGCAAACGGCGAGUUUAUAGAAAAAGAUGUAAAAUGGUUUAAAACUGAAUUUACCAGACAUGUUUAUUUAGCAAACUGCAACUCUCAGAUUGGACAAGAAAUAAAUCCUUGGACCUUUGCUUUACUGAAAAAUUGACUAAAAAGUAUUUUUAUCCCUGUUGAUAAAUCAAGCUCAGUCACUAAAUCAGUAAUAAAUAAUAUCCAAGAAAAAUUAAGGCACUAUUAUGACAGCAGUGCUUCUGUUCAGCUUGAGCAUACUAAUGAUAGACUUAAAAAAAUUAUAAAAUCUACAUCCUCUUCCAAAGGUAGAACUACUUAUCAACAGAUAGAGUCCAGCCCUUUUAUUAUUGUAAGUCCGAAUAAAUUUAUGCCUUUAAUAGAAAUAAUUGAAGACAGAGGCGAGUACAAGAUUUUUAUGGAAAUUCCAGGGCUCUCUAAAGAAGAUAUAACCAUCAAAAGGCAUAACUUAACAACUUUCAUUAACGGGAUGAAGAAAAGACAAGAAGAAGGAGAUAGUGCAAGAAUUGUGCAGUCUCAAAGGAAGUUUGGAAAUUUUGAAAUUCCUUUCAUAAAUAAAAUGGGCAUUCGGCUCGAGUGAAAUUAGCUCCGCUAAUUUUCUCUCCCUCAAGCAAUUUUAUUUAUGAGGUUAGGUUUUCUUCUGAGAACUUCUGUGCAGCAAUAGCAUUUUAACUCUGGCAGAUAAGGUGAGGUACUACUCUAAGCACUUCAAGAGGCUAGAAAAUUUUACUUCUCAGCACAUCCGAUGAAGGUGACCCUUAGGCGCAACGUGCAGGAGCUAAGUCAAAGGAGCGAGGCAAUACAACCCGUCGUAAUCGAAACGCUGUAUUUGCCCGUGCCAUAGCGCAACGAGUGGAUCGAUCCAGAGGUUCAUGGUCCUGACAUGUGGACAAAUAUGAUGGCAGCUCUGGAAACGGCUACCCAUAGUGGACGUUAAACGAUAUAAACUUAAUGUAAUGCUUGAAAUUCCUUUCAAAAUUCCUGAAGAGUAUAACAGAAGGUGGGAUAGUUAUGAAAUCAAGGACGGUAUUUUGACGAUCACAUAUAAGAAGGAUGUAGAUGACUAA